AUGGUGGUAUAUUGGAUGUCUCAGCGGUACCAUGCUUUAGCAGUAGUUUCAAUUUUCUCCUUCGAAGUGCGAUUCAGAAAAAAGCUGAAGAAGAAAAUUGCCACCGUUGUGGAGGAAGGAGAGAAGUCGUAUACAACGACGUCAGGUUGGGGGCUCCUCGCUACUUGUGACUGGCCCAUCGAGAAGGACCCAGCGAAAGACUACGAACUGCUUCUCGGAAAUCUAAGAGCAUGUGGUGACAGUACCUGCCCUGAACAAGGAACAAAGGAAUAUCGAAAGCCAAAAAGGACCUGUUAA